AUGUUGGCUGGCAAAGGUGUUCGUGCUGUUGCGGUGAUGUGGGUAAUGACCUUCAUGUCACUCAUUCUCGUUCCACUUCGACUCUAUACGCGAGUCUACAUCGUCAAGGCACUUGGCUUGGAUGACCAUGUGUUCAAUCUAGCAUGGGUGUUUUUACUGCUGUACACCAUCUUCAUGACAAUAUCAGGCAUAUAUGGAUUUGGUCAACCCAUAACCUCCCUCGAGAUGGAUCUGGCUGUCAAGGCCGUUUACUUCGAGAUGGUUGGACAGACUUUUGCUGUGCUGGGCAUGGCUAUUGCAAAGCUUUCUCUGGGAAUAUUUCUGCUUCGCAUUGUGGUCAAGCAGUGGCAUCGGAUUUCCAUUUGGAUUUCCAUGGUCAGUCUUGCCGUUGUGUCGGUAUUGACUGCAAUUCUGUUUUGGAUCCAGAAACUUCCUUCCGAGUCUAUCUAUGAUCCUCGGGUUCAAGGACGCCUUGUUGUUACCGUGACGCCUUUUUCUAUUUUGCUUGGAUCGUGGUGUGCCGCCGUGGACUUUUACUUUGCACUGCUUCCAUGGAUCUUCAUCUGGAAGCUGAACAUGAAGUUCAAGGAGAAGAUGUCGAUUGCAAUCAGUUUAAGUCUGGGGUUUAUAGCCUGCGCCUGUGGAAUCAUUCGAACCAUCGACCUAGGCGGACUGUCCAGCUCAAACUAUACGGAGGACACCGUCGACUUGAUCAUUUGGUCAGCAGUCGAGCUCGCCGUCACCCUAAUCUGUGUUGGCAUCCCCACCGUCCGCCCCCUCUAUCGUGUCAUCGUCCAUGGAUCAAACCUUGAGGACUCAGAGGGCGGAUACAUCAAGCACAAUAACUCUGAUCAGACAUCACACAUUCAGAUGCAAAAUAUGGCCAAGAAUAACACCGCAUUCAGGGCUAAAGAGGAGGGGACUACCGAGUUGUAUAUCUCUCGCAAUAACCACAGUGACGAGGAGAUACUUGUUGGGCAACAUGGCAAGAAUGGGAGAGGGAUUCGUAUUAGGGAAGAGGUACGGGUGGAAACGAAUUAUUGA